ACUCCGGAGAAGCUAAAGAAUACCAACAUGGCUCAGAUCCUGCCUAUCCGCUUCCAGGAGCACCUGCAGCUCCAGAACUUGGGGAUUAACCCGGCCAACAUUGGCUUCAGCACUCUAACUAUGGAGUCUGACAAGUUCAUCUGCGUGCGGGAGAAAGUGGGCGAGCAGGCCCAGGUUGUCAUCAUCGAUAUGGCCGACCCCAACAAUCCCAUCCGCCGCCCCAUCUCCGCCGACAGCGCCAUCAUGAACCCGGCCAGCAAAGUCAUCGCCCUCAAAGCCGCAAAGACCCUGCAGAUCUUUAACAUCGAGAUGAAGAGCAAGAUGAAGGCGCACACGAUGACGGAUGACGUGACUUUCUGGAAGUGGAUCUCCCUGAACACCGUGGCCCUGGUCACGGACAACGCCGUGUACCACUGGAGCAUGGAGGGCGACUCUCAGCCAAUCAAAGUCUUCGACCGCCACUCCAGCCUGGCAGGCUGCCAGAUCAUCAACUACCGCACAGACGCCAAACAGAAGUGGCUGCUGCUCAUUGGCAUUUCAGCACAGCAAAACCGAGUUGUGGGAGCCAUGCAGUUAUACUCUGUGGACAGAAAGGUGUCUCAGCCUAUCGAGGGCCACGCUGCUGGCUUUGCGCAGUUCAAGAUGGAGGGCAACACAGAAGAGUCAACCCUGUUCUGCUUUGCUGUGCGGGGACAGGCAGGAGGAAAACUUCAUAUCAUUGAAGUGGGGACUCCACCAACCGGGAACCAGCCUUUUCCAAAGAAAGCCGUGGAUGUUUUCUUUCCCCCUGAAGCCCAAAAUGACUUCCCUGUGGCCAUGCAGAUCAGUUCCAAGCAAGAUGUCGUCUUUCUCAUCACCAAAUAUGGCUACAUCCACCUGUAUGACUUGGAGACUGGAACCUGCAUUUACAUGAACAGGAUCAGUGGGGAGACCAUCUUUGUCACAGCCCCCCACGAGCCCACCGCAGGCAUCAUCGGAGUAAACCGGAAAGGACAGGUGCUGUCAGUCUGCGUGGAGGAGGAGAAUAUUAUUCCCUACAUCACUAACGUGCUCCAGAACCCAGACCUGGCGCUGCGCAUGGCUGUGCGCAACAACCUUGCUGGUGCCGAGGAGCUUUUCGCCCGCAAGUUCAACACCCUCUUUGCGGCAGGGAAUUACUCGGAAGCUGCUAAGGUGGCAGCCAAUGCUCCCAAGGGUAUUCUGCGGACCCCAGACACAAUCCGAAGGUUCCAAAGUGUUCCGGCCCAACCAGGCCAGACGUCCCCUCUGCUCCAGUAUUUUGGCAUUCUGCUGGACCAAGGCCAGCUCAAUAAGUUUGAGUCCCUGGAACUGUGUAGGCCUGUUCUUCAGCAAGGCCGCAAACAGCUCCUGGAGAAAUGGCUCAAGGAAGACAAGCUGGAGUGUUCCGAGGAGCUUGGGGACUUGGUGAAGUCCGUCGAUCCUACUCUGGCCCUUAGUGUCUAUCUCAGAGCCAACGUCCCCAAUAAAGUCAUCCAGUGCUUUGCAGAAACAGGACAGUUCCAGAAGAUUGUCCUUUAUGCCAAAAAGGUGGGCUACACUCCAGACUGGAUCUUUCUGCUGAGGAACGUGAUGCGCAUCAGCCCAGAGCAGGGCCUCCAGUUCUCCCAAAUGCUGGUUCAGGAUGAAGAGCCACUUGCUGACAUUACACAGAUUGUAGACGUCUUCAUGGAGUACAACCUGAUCCAGCAGUGCACGUCCUUCCUUCUCGACGCCCUGAAAAACAACAGACCCAUGGAGGGGCCGCUGCAGACACGUUUGCUGGAAAUGAAUUUGGUCCAUGCACCACAGGUUGCUGAUGCUAUCCUGGGCAAUCAGAUGUUCACCCACUACGAUCGCGCCCAUGUGGCACAGCUGUGCGAGAAGGCCGGCCUCCUGCAGAGGGCGCUGGAGCAUUACACCGAUUUGUACGACAUCAAACGUGCCGUGGUGCACACACACCUUCUCAAUCCAGAGUGGUUGGUGAACUUCUUCGGCUCCCUCUCGGUAGAGGACUCUCUGGAGUGUCUUAGGGCCAUGCUGUCAGCCAACAUCCGCCAGAACCUGCAGAUCUGUGUGCAGGUGGCCUCCAAGUACCACGAGCAGCUGUCAACUCAGUCCCUGACCGAACUGUUCGAGUCAUUUAAGAGCUUUGAAGGUCUCUUCUACUUCUUGGGUUCCAUUGUGAACUUCAGCCAGGAUCCAGAAGUCCACUUUAAAUAUAUCCAGGCAGCCUGCAAAACGGGCCAGAUCAAAGAGGUGGAGCGGAUCUGCAGAGAAAGCAACUGCUAUGAUCCCGAGCGCGUGAAGAACUUCCUCAAAGAGGCCAAGCUUACUGACCAGCUGCCUUUAAUCAUCGUGUGUGACCGCUUCGAUUUUGUUCAUGACCUGGUUCUGUACCUUUACCGCAACAGCCUGCAGAAAUACAUCGAGAUCUACGUGCAGAAGGUGAACCCCAGCCGUCUGCCAGUAGUCAUCGGAGGCCUGUUGGACGUGGACUGCGCUGAGGACGUUAUUAAGAACCUGAUCCUGGUUGUGAGGGGACAGUUCUCCACGGACGAACUUGUCGCCGAGGUGGAGAAAAGAAAUCGACUGAAGCUGCUGCUGCCCUGGCUGGAGGCCCGCAUUCAUGAAGGUUGCGAGGAGCCCGCGACCCACAACGCUUUGGCCAAGAUCUACAUCGACAGCAACAACAACCCCGAGCGCUUCUUGAGGGAAAACCCCUACUAUGACAGCCGCGUGGUGGGCAAGUACUGUGAGAAGAGAGACCCCCACCUGGCCUGCGUGGCUUACGAAAGAGGACAGUGUGACCAGGAACUCAUCCAUGUGUGCAACGAGAACUCACUGUUCAAGAGUCUGUCUCGAUACCUCGUGCGUCGCAAGAACCCGGAGCUGUGGGCGAGUGUGCUGCUGGAGACCAACAACUACAGGAGGCCCCUCAUCGACCAGGUUGUUCAGACAGCUCUGUCAGAGACCCAAGAUCCAGAGGAGGUGUCCGUCACAGUCAAGGCCUUCAUGACCGCCGACCUUCCCAAUGAGCUCAUCGAGCUGCUGGAAAAGAUUGUGCUGGACAAUUCUGUCUUCAGUGAGCACAGGAACCUCCAGAAUCUGCUCAUUCUGACAGCCAUCAAAGCCGAUCGCACGCGCGUUAUGGAGUACAUCAACCGUCUGGACAACUAUGACGCCCCAGACAUCGCAAACAUCGCCAUCAGCAAUGAGCUGUUUGAGGAAGCUUUUGCCAUUUUUAGGAAGUUCGAUGUCAACACCUCUGCCGUGCAGGUUCUGAUUGAGCACAUUGGCAACCUGGACAGAGCCUACGAAUUUGCCGAGCGCUGCAAUGAGCCCCCAGUGUGGAGUCAGCUGGCAAAGGCCCAGCUUCAGAAGGGCCUGGUCAAAGAGGCUAUUGACUCCUACAUCAAGGCUGAUGACCCCUCCGCGUACAUGGAGGUGGGGCAGGCUGCAGCCCAAAGCGGAAACUGGGAGGACCUGGUGAAGUUUCUGCAGAUGGCCCGCAAGAAGGCCCGCGAGUCGUACGUGGAGACAGAGCUGAUCUUUGCCCUGGCCAAAACCAACCGCCUGGCCGAGCUGGAGGAGUUCAUCAACGGGCCCAACAACGCUCACAUCCAGCAGGUGGGCGACCGCUGCUAUGACGACAAGAUGUACGAGGCGGCCAAGCUGCUCUACAACAACGUGUCCAACUUUGGCCGCCUGGCCUCCACCCUGGUGCACCUGGGAGAGUACCAGGCCGCCGUGGACGGGGCGCGCAAAGCCAACAGCACCCGCACCUGGAAGGAGGUGUGCUUUGCCUGCGUGGAAGGGAAGGAGUUCCGCCUCGCCCAGAUGUGCGGUCUGCACAUCGUCGUCCAUGCCGACGAGCUGGAGGAACUGAUCAACUACUACCAGGAUCGCGGCUAUUUCGAAGAACUGAUCACCAUGCUUGAGGCGGCUCUUGGGCUGGAACGCGCUCACAUGGGGAUGUUCACAGAGCUGGCAAUCCUGUACUCCAAAUUCAAACCCCAGAAGAUGAGGGAACACCUGGAGCUCUUCUGGUCCCGCGUCAACAUUCCAAAGGUUCUCAGGGCGGCUGAGCAGGCCCACCUGUGGGCGGAGCUGGUGUUCCUCUAUGACAAAUACGAGGAAUACGACAACGCCAUCAUCACCAUGAUGAACCAUCCAUCAGACGCCUGGAAGGAGGGCCAGUUCAAGGACAUUGUCACCAAAGUGGCCAAUGUUGAGCUCUACUACAAGGCCGUCCAGUUUUAUCUGGAGUUCAAACCGUUGCUACUGAACGACCUGCUCAUCGUCCUCUCUCCAAGGCUGGAUCACACACGGGCCGUCAACUUCUUCAGCAAGGUCAAACAGCUGCCCCUGGUGAAGCCCUACCUUAGGUCCGUCCAGAACCACAACAACAAGUCGGUGAACGAGGCUCUCAACAACCUCUUCAUCAUCGAGGAGGACUACGCGGCGCUGCGCACGUCCAUCGACGCCUACGAUAACUUCGACAACAUCUCGCUGGCUCAGGGCCUGGAGAAGCACGAGCUGAUUGAAUUCCGGAGGAUCGCGGCCUACCUCUUCAAAGGCAACAACCGCUGGAAGCAGAGUGUGGAGCUCUGCAAGAAGGACAAGCUCUAUAAGGACGCCAUGCAGUACGCGUCGGAGUCCAAAGACAUCGAGCUGGCCGAGGAGCUCCUGGCUUGGUUCCUCCAGGAGGACAAGAAGGAGUGUUUCGCCGCCUGCCUGUUCACCUGCUACGACCUGCUGCGGCCAGAUGUGGUGCUGGAAACCGCCUGGCGACACAACAUCAUGGACUUCUCCAUGCCAUACUUCAUCCAGGUCAUGAGGGAGUAUCUCUCAAAGGUUGAUGCGAUAAAGGAAAAGGUCGACAAACUCGAGGCCUCGGAUUCUCUGAGGAAACAGGAGGAGCAGGCCACGGAGUCGCAACCCAUAGUUUACGGCACCCCCCAGCUGAUGCUCACAGCAGGCCCCAACGUGGCCGUGCCCCCCCAGCAGGCGUACGGCUACGGCUACACGGCGGCGCCGGCGGGCUACGCCCCGCCGCCACAGGCCAGCUUUGGCUACGGC